GAUACCAAAGACAUGGAUUCAAAGCACGAAAGGGUUGAGAUCGCUGUGGGUGGUGUCUCAUGGACACCCGAAGAGGAGAAGAAGCUCCUUCGUCGGAUUGAUCUCCAAUUGAUGCCGAUAAUGUGGAUCAUGUAUCUCCUUUCUUACAUGGACCGUACAAAUAUCGGAAACGCAAAGGUGGCUGGUAUGCAGACAGAUCUGAACCUCACCUCGAAUCAGUACAGUAUCUGUUUGGUCGUCUUCUUCGUUACAUAUGUCGUAUUCGAAGUGCCCUCCAAUAUGUUGAUCGUCAGGAUCAGACCCUCUAUCUACCUCCCAUGCAUCAUGACAAUAUGGGGCGCCUUGACCUGCUGCAUGGCAGCUAUCAAAGACUACAAGCACCUGGUAGUCCUCCGCAUCUUCGUUGGUGUCUUCGAGGCCGGUUUUGCGCCCGCCAUGCUGCUGCUCAUGUCUUCCUGGUACAAACGCGAAGAACAGUCUAAGCGCUUCGGUAUCUACAUUUCUGCCGCUAUCCUGUCUGGCGCCUUUGGCGGGCUCCUUGCCGGCGCCAUCACUGGCGGUCUUGACGGCGCUGCCGGUUAUGAGGGUUGGCGAUGGUUGUUUAUCGUCGAAGGUGCAGCAACCAUCCUCGUCGCCUUGCUCUCUUACUUCAUCCUCGUCGACUUCCCUGCGACCACAGCCAGACUUUCUGACCGCGAGAGGGCAAUCGCCGUUGCCCGCCUGCAGCAGGGUGGCGUGACCGCCCGCGCAGAAGGCGCUGAGCGUAUGAGCAAGGCACAGUCCUUCGUCCUCGCCAUUAGAGACUGGCGCACUAUCGGCUUCAUCUUCGGAUACAUGGUGAUCGUCGGCUCCUCCACACUCUCCUAUUUCUACCCAACCCUUGUAAACGGCCUUGGCUACACCUCCACCGUCCAAGCACAAUACAUGACGGUCCCCAUCUACGCAGUCGCCUUCAUGUGCACAGCAAUUACCGCCGUCUUCGCCGAUCGCGUGCCCAACCACCGCGGCCUCAUCAUCGCCUGCUGGCUCUGCUUCUCCCUCAUAACCUCCAUCCUCGUCUGCGUUAUCUACAACUUCACCGCGCGCUACGUGCUUCUUGUACUCAUGGCUGCUGGGCUGUGGGCGUCCAACGCCAUCUCCCUAUCCUACGCCGGUGCCACUUUCGGAGACAUGGAACCCGAGGUGCGCGGUGUCGCACUUGCGCUUGUUAAUGCGCUUGGCAACCUUGCGCAAAUCUACGGCGCGUAUCUCUUCCCUGCAGAUGAUAAACCGAAGUAUCUGCUCGGCUUUGGCGUUAUAUCGGGCAUGUUGGGGUUCGGUGUGGUUGUUUAUGUUAUUAUGCAUGUCAAGACCCGGAAGGCGCUCGGGAUGACGAACUUUUUCAAAGAUUAGAUGGGCCAGGAAGAAGAUAGCACUGAUACCGUGUGCUAUUGCGAGUGUAAUUUAGCGAAGUUUCCUGUACAUAUUUGGCAGAUGCGGUCAGAGGGUGGAUCUCUUGAUUAUGGAACAAAACAUUGCACGAAGAGAGAAGUGACGCGCGAUCAGUGUAUGGCCGACAUUAUCAUAGGCAG